AUGUCUGAGCAGUUUUUGGGUUGUACAGUUUCGGUAAAGUGUAUCGAUGAUCUUGCUUACCAAGGUAAAAUUAUUGAUUUAAAUAAGAAUAGUCUGACUCUGGCAAAAGCAUUUUGCAAUGGCAUACCUCAUACUUCUUCUGUUGUUAAUUUGAGUGUAAAGGAUAUACAGAAUCUUGAGAUUAUAUCAACAGAAGAAGCAGGAAACGUUAAUGAUACACACAGUAAGGUAAUCGUAAAGAGACCAAUUGCGAAAAGGGCUGGGCGAUCUAUUUCAGAAUGCGUUCCAAAUGCAACAGUGCAAGCAGGAAGUUCUCAGUCACAGACAAACUUCAAAAAACCAGCAGAGCCUAACCAGCAAGUGGAGCAAACUCCUAAUGGGAAAAUACCUCAAACUGAAAAUAAUGCAUCUAAUAAUAAAUCAGUCUCAAAGAGAUUAACUCAUCGGCAAAGAGCAUUGGAAAGAGACGAACAUACCUUUGGUACCCCGAUUGAUCAAUUAGAGCAAGACUUUGAUUUUGAAAAGAACUUAGCAUUAUUUAACAAAGAGGCUGUGUGGCAAGAAAUAAACUCUUUGAAGCCGGAUAUUGUUAGACAGUCGGAAAACAAUCGGGGUACUACUGCUAUCUACCGACCCGAUGAAAAUAUUCUUGUAUCUGAACCUACAGUACUCAGACAGAUCAUGGUGCCUUGCCGUGGUGAAAAAGAAUAUGUUACAGAUAAUGGUCUAGUAAUUCCUAGCAUCCCUCUAAGUUUACAUCGACAAUUAAUAGGUGCAGCAGAUAGAUUGGGAAUAAGUUGGGAACGCAGGGUGGAAUUGCUUGGUCGCGCCGGUGCUGAACUCACCUUACAGUUAUUGGGUGGGAGUCAUCGAUUGAAUCCGAAUAAUGCGCAUCAAUGGCCCACCGUGGUCGUGCUGUGUGGACCGCAUCGUUCCGGCGCUGCAGGAAUCAACUGUGCUCGACAAUUGGCUGCUCACGGUGUCACAACAAUCGUGUUUGUGGAAAAUGCGGAAGAUGUAUUUCUUCUGCAAGAAUUGUCGCUAUACAGGCUAACAGACAACAAGGUAGAAACCAAAGUCAAGAAUCUACCAUCAUUGGUGGAUCUGAUACUUGUAGCGCUCUGUGACGAAGAUUCGCCCAGAAUGGUCACUCCAAUAGCGAGAUGGGCAAACAGUAAUCGGGCACCAGUAUUAUCUAUCGAACCUCCGGCAACGGGUACACCAGGCAUACUCAGUAAAUUCAGCCUGUUGGGUGCCCUACCACUGUCGCAUAGCGUCGACAACGGCAGAUUAUAUUUGUGCAAUCUCGCAUUGCCAAACAAAGUAUAUUCUGACGUUGGCAUCAAGUUUAGAUCACCAUUUGGACCUAAAUUCGUAAUUCCUCUACAUUCCAAUAAUUCUUAGCAAAUUUUUAAGGACCACAUCAUGUCUUUUUGAAUAGUCGCCUUCGUUUUAUCAUGCGUGAUUUGUAAACCUCGUAUACAAAGAAUAUAUUUUACUUCCGGGGCCCAUUGAGUAAAGAGUUUAUAUAUAGUUUGACAUUUGAUAUAAACUUUUAGAUAAACUUUUAGAAAGAGAGAAAAAGGGAACGCAUGAUGUACUAUAAUAUUUUUCGUAUUAAUUGCAUGAUAUCCGCAGAUAGACUAUUUCCGAUAUUGUAUAACUUUGAAAGCUGUAUUUUAAAGUCUUGAUUAAGCAUUAUACACAUAGAUAAAAUAUAGAUAUUUUGUCUGUAAAACUGUGAAGACAUCGUUUUAUGAAUAGCAAACAUAAAAAGAACUAAUGCUCUAAAUAUUAACGACAUAGUUCUCCAAAAAGCAAAAAGUAUGUAGAAUCCUUGUUUAAGGAUACAACUAUAUGUGUCGCAGCAUGAUUUUGCAUCAGAGCACAUGAGUGCUCCCAAAUAUGUAUUUGAUAUGGCUAAAUAAAAGCUAAUUACUUGGCACGGGUCACAUUACACACGUGUGUAUCUACAGUUUAUAUUAACAAAAUUUAUAUUAAUGAAUAAGAAAAAGUAUGUAAAAAUUAUUGCCAUAAAUUCUC